AUGUCUGGGGAGCUGGAGAUCAUGGAAGCGCAGCGGCUGUGGGAGCCGGAUUCCAAGCGCAACACCAGCAUGGACCGCUUCAGGGCGGCGGUCACGGCGGCUUACGGCAUCCGCCUGGCCAACUACAGCGAGUUGUAUCAGUGGUCUGUACAGCAUUAUUCGGAUUUCUGGGCAGAGUUUUGGAAAUUCAGCGGGAUCGCCUAUUCUCGGCUUUAUGAUGAGGUGAUUGAUCCCUCCAAGGGCGUCACCGAUGUUCCCGAAUGGUUUAAAGGCAGCCGUCUAAACUACGCCGAAAACCUCCUGAAGCAUGAGGAGAACGACAAAAUCGCCCUCUAUGCCGCACGAGAAGGCAAGGAAGAAAUAGAAAAAGUGACUUUCGAUGACUUGAGGCACCAGGUGGCUUUCUACGCUGCGGCCAUGAGGAAGUUGGGAGUGCAGCCCGGAGACAGGGUGGUGGGUUACCUGCCCAACAGCAUCCACGCGGUGGAAGCCAUGCUAGCCGCUGCCAGCAUCGGGGCCAUCUGGAGCGCCACGUCGCCGGAUUUUGGCAUCAAUGGCGUCCUGGACCGGUUCUCCCAAAUUCAACCCAAGUUAAUCUUCUCCGUCGAAGCCGUCGUCUACAACGGGAAACGGCACAAUCACCUGGACAAGCUGCAGAGGGUGGUCAGAGGACUUCCGGAUCUGAAGAAAGUGGUUGUGAUCCCCUACGUCUCUUCAAGAGAAUCCAUAGAUAUUUCCAGAAUCCCAAACAGCGUGUUUUUAGAAGAUUUUCUCGGAACGGGCCACGGAGACCAGGCACCGCAGCUGGAAUUUGAACAGCUUCCCUUCAGCCACCCGCUUUUUAUCAUGUACUCUUCCGGCACGACGGGCGCCCCGAAAUGCAUGGUGCAUUCUGCAGGGGGGACUUUGAUUCAGCACCUGAAGGAACAUAUCCUUCACGGGAACAUGAGCAGUAAUGACGUCAUCAUAUACUAUACCACGACCGGUUGGAUGAUGUGGAAUUGGCUGGUGUCUGCCCUCGCCGUGGGGGCCUCGGUGGUCCUGUACGAUGGCUCCCCCCUGGUUCCUUCUCCCAACGUCUUGUGGGACUUGGUGGAUCGAGUAGGAAUUACCAUCCUUGGGACUGGUGCCAAGUGGUUGGCGGUGCUGGAAGAGAAGAAUCUGAAGCCACGUGAAACCCACAACCUUCAGACCCUCCACACCAUCUUGUCAACCGGGUCUCCCCUCAAAAGUCAAAGUUACGAGUACGUCUACCAGCACAUCAAGAGCAGUGUCCUCCUGGGCUCCAUUUCAGGAGGCACCGAUAUAGUUUCGUGUUUCAUGGGUCAUAACGUGACCAUUCCGGUUUACAAAGGCGAGAUCCAGGCGCGGAAUCUGGCAAUGGCGGUAGAAGCGUGGAAUGAUCAAGGGGAGCCUGUUUGGGGAGAAAGUGGCGAGCUAGUUUGCACCAAACCCAUCCCUUGUCAACCCACACAUUUUUGGAACGAUGAAAACCGAAGCAAAUACCGGAAGGCGUAUUUUUCCAGAUUUUCAGGUGUUUGGGCCCACGGAGACUACUGCAAAAUCAAUCCUCAGACGGGCGGGAUCAUCAUGCUGGGCCGCAGAGAAGGCACAUUGCGGUUGCCCUCCGGGAGCCGGGUGGGUGCUGCCUACUGGGUGGUGGAAGCAUUCGAGGAGGUUUCCGACAGCCUCUGCGUCCCACAGUACAACAAAGACGGUGAGGAAAGAGUGGUCCUCUUCUUGAAGAUGGCCACCAACCACGAUUUCAGUGCCGAUCUGGUGAAGCGAAUCAGGGAAGCGAUUCGGGUGGCCCUUUCGGCUCGGCACGUGCCCAGUAUUAUUCUGGAAACGGAAGGGAUUCCGUACACCAUCAGCGGAAAGAAGGUGGAAGUGGCCGUCAAACAGAUCAUAGCCGGCAAGGAAGUGGCUAAGCGGGAUAUCUUCUCUAACCCAGAGACGCUCAAUCUCUACUCUAACAUUCCUGAGCUGCAGGAGUUUUGAAGGAACCCGUCUCUUUCCCGUCUCUUGGUGUGUGAGUGUCUCUCUACGUGUGUUUGCGUUGUGUGUCAGGGUUAUAAUCCGGGUGUAUAUAAUAGGUACAUGGAUGAUCUCCGUCAAAGAAAUUGACUUGAGCGAUCCUCUUUCCAGAGGGGGACAGAAGAAAAUCCG